AUGGCCAAAGAAAACGUCCAAACCUGCGCAGUUUGCAAGUCGCAUCAUGGCAAAGUGGACCCAGACUUAGGAACUCGUAACUUUUGCAUAGCCGGACUCGCAUUUGGAUGGAUCUUUGCAUCCCUGUGUCUCGUUGCGGGAGCGAUCAUGCUCAGCGCUGACCAUUUCGAGAUCCCAUCAUACGUGAGAUUGAAGGUAGUCAUGGUCAAUUUCUUCUUACAUACUAUGAGGCCCGGCAAAACCUAUCCUCACAGUCACCGCAUACAACAACUUCACCAGGGAACGUCGGUAUUGAUACAGUUACUCUUGAACUUCCUCGUAACUAUUAUCCUUGACACCACGAACUACAUACACGCGGCCACCCUCAAAUGGGCUCUUUUCAAGGAAGGCCGGCUCAAGUUCAACUCGAACGUACGACUUUUCACCAGCGCCCGUGCACAUGGGCCUAAUAGCUGGUAUAUGAACUCCAUUUCGCUUUUUGGGUUGGCUGUCUCGUAUGGGGCUACCUCGGCUGCCAUCACAGACGUGAUUAUUGUUGGACAGUGGAACGAAGACACGCACGAAGUAGAAUACGGACCGUCUGAGACAUCCGAUAUCAUCGAUAUCAACGGCUUGGCAAUAUUUGUUCUUGGCAUUGGAGUUGCGUUGCAGGUCGGUGUGUCAACUUACAGUUUGUUGUGCAGCAAUGAAGUGAAGACCUGGAACAACAAUCUCCUUUCCAAUGCGAGCGCAUGGCUGGAUCGUAAAGAGGCGACCUCCGACUCAUCCGAGGACACAUAUCCGGAGGUCACCUUCUCAUCCCGGGGUAUACAAGACUCAAUGCUCAGUAUGGCGCCACAUGUUCAGAUCAUCCGACGCUUAAUCUGGGGUUUCUGCGCCAUAUUUACCGUUUGGUCUCUGGCUCAAGGGAUAGUGACCGCAACCACUGGCUACAUGGCCGAGAACUUUGGCGACUUUUCCAGCGGGGCAGGGGGCUACUGGAGGUUCUACGGAGCCAUGUACUGGGACUAUAAGAAGAUCACCAAAUCGCCCCCUUAUUGGCUUGGACUAGUAAUCCAAAUCAUCGCCCAGUCCUUUCUCACAUUUGCAUUGCAUUGCGUGGAGCUACUAUUCAACCUGUCGCGUGAUGAAGCGGCAUGGCGCGAGUUGGAAACGAUUGGCGUCAAUGCCAACCCCUCUAUAAGGUCGAAUUUCAGCCGGCAAAUGCUGAUCAUGUUGGCGAUGAAGGCCACCAUACAGUGGGUCUUUGGUUAUGCGCUCACUGCGGAUGUUUCGGUCAAUAUUGCGCUUCUACCGAUAAUUGCUCUCAUGGUUCUGUUCAUCGUCUUGGCAAUUGGUUCGGAGUACAUGUUGAAGAAACAACCCAGGGGUAGCCUUCCAGCGACCUAUGGCAAUUUGGAACGAGUAGCGAGGCUUGUGGAUGAGUGGGAUCAUGCUCGUCUUUACUGGGGUGACAAAGGGUGUUUCAAGGACGGGGUGUGUCGUGCGGGCACGGCUGGUCGACGUUUGCCGGACUUGGAGCCGGACACACUCUAUCGCUGUCAUCAGCAGGAAGAUUAG